AUGACGUCGCAGGUGCCGCAGAGCCAGGCGGCCAUGCUGGCGACGAUUACAUCGGAUCUGGAUAAGAUCGCUCCGAGGUUUGAAAUGCAGCCCGAGCAGAUUCAGAUUAUUCAGACGCCUGCUGAGUUUUAUCAAACGCUGAAGGACAAAAUCUCAAAAGCCCAACACAGAGUCUACCUCAGCACCCUUUACAUUGGCAAAACAGAACACGACCUCAUCAGCACCAUCCGUGCAGCCCUCCUUCGAAACCCCAACCUCCACGUCUCAUUCCUAACAGACGCCUUACGCGGGACCCGGGAAACCCCCAACCCAUCCACGGCCUCCCUCCUCGCCCCUCUAAUCACAGAAUUCGGCGCUGAGCGCGUCCAAAUACGCAUGUACCACACACCCAACCUCACCGGUCUCCGCAAAAAAUACAUCCCCAAACGCAUCAACGAAGGCUGGGGCCUCCAGCACAUGAAACUCUACGGCAUCGACGACGAAAUCAUCAUGAGCGGCGCGAACCUCAGCGAAGACUACUUCACCAACCGCCAAGACCGCUACCAUUUAUUCCAGUCUGCAGAUCUGACUUCGUACUUUGCCAAGAUCCACGACGGCGUGUCGGCACUGAGUUUCGACAUCCAGCCAUGUGACGCGGUGGGCGCAGGCGGCUACCAAAUGACAUGGCCUAGCACGAACGCAGGCCCGAAUCCCCUCUCGAACCCAUCUUUGUACCGAAAAGCAGCAGAGAAGCAUCUAUCGCAUCUUCUCACUCCGGCAAACUCGCCGCCAACCUCUUCGUCGCAAAAAAGCUCGCAUUCGUCGACGACGACAACAACGACAAUCCACCCCAUCCUCUCCCUCGUCCCCCUCCUCCCUUCCUCCACCGAACUCCCCGCCCUAACCUCCCUCCUCACCACCCUCGCCCACACCCCAUCCACCUGGACCUUCACCGCCGGCUACUUCAACAUGACCCCUUCCUUCCGCCGCCUCCUCCUCGCCACACGCCCCGCCUCCGGCACCGUCCUAACCGCGCAUCCGCACGCAAACGGCUUCUACGGGUCCAAAGGUGUAAGCGGCAUGCUGCCGGCCGCGUAUACGCAUCUGGCCAAGAUGUUCCUCAGGCAGGUGCGGCAUCAGGGGCUAAGUGAGAGUGUUGUGUUGAAGGAGUGGAGAAAGGGGAAAGUGGGGGAGGAGGGGGGUUGGACCUAUCACGCCAAGGGCAUUUGGAAUGCCGAUACCGACCCGUGUCUGACUGUCAUCGGGUCCUCAAACUACACCAAGCGCGCGUACGAACUCGAUCUCGAAGCCAACGUUGUUCUUUCUACGACUGAUCCCGGGUUGAGGCGGCGGUUGGGCGAGGAGGUGAAGUGGUUGGGCGAGCAUGCGGAGAGAGUUGACGAGAGCGAGUUUGAGAAGGAGGAGAGAAAGGUGGGGAUGAAUGUGAGGUUGGCCAUGUGGGCGGUACGGGUACUCGGUGGGGCGUUGUAGGCUUUGGUUGAUGGAGAGAAAGGAGAGAGAGAGAGAGUCGUGUCUGUAUUGUAGAUUGAUUGCUUCUUCUUCUGCAAGAGACGUAGUGUAGGAAUAUAUGUAUUAUUAGU